AUGCGCUUCAUCACCCACCUCUUCGCCCUAGCCAGCCUCGCCUCUGCUCAAAUCAUCGGCACAAACGGCAUCGGCACCACCCCUUCCCAGCGCUCCGUCGUAUCUGCCGACCAAGCCUACAAGAUCAUCCAAGCCGCCGUAGCAAACGCCACCGCUAUUGGGAUCCCGCAAAACGUGGCUGUAGUCGACCCUUCCGGCCUUCUGGUUGCGUUCUUCCGCAUGGACAACGCAUACAUCGGCUCCAUUGACAUCAGCCAGAAGAAGGCAAGGACCGCGGUGCUGUUCAAUGGCCUGACAAGCGCGGCCUUGUACGAUCCGAGUCAGCCUGGCGCGGCGUUGUAUGCUAUCGAGCAGACGAAUGGAGGGCUGGUUGUGUUUGGAGGAGGGUUGCCGAUCUACUACCAGGGAAAAUUGAUUGGUGGCGUUGGUGUCAGUGGAGGGACUGUGCCGCAGGACGUCGAGGUUGCAACGGCUGGGUUGGCGGGUAUUGGGGCGAGUGCUGCUGCGCCGAUGUAA